AUGGUGCUUAGUAUGACUCGAAAAGUCACCAUGGACGAUGAAGUUGUAGCACAAGUCUUCCGACAGCCAUCAAGGUCCUCUUUUUCCUCGGUUUCUAAUAAUUUCCAGUUUCUAGGUUUGGACUUGAGGAAAUGUAAGAGGGUUUGGGGUGUGAGAGAUAGGUUUUUUAUAUGGGUUUUGAGGAAGUUGAGGAGGUGGGUGUGGUUAGAAGUUGGGGAGAGAGUGAGGGGGUUCGCUCCAAUAGUGGGGAAAGUGAAACAAAUUGUUGGGUCUACCCUUUCGGAUUCGAAGGAGGAUGGGUCUACUCUUGUUUCUAAUUUUGUGUCAGAUAAGUCAGCGACGAAGAAUGCAAAGAUGUAUGAUGAAGAUGGCCUUACAGGUGGUCAUGCGAUCAUGCUUGGAGCUGACUCUUUAAGCAAAGCUGCAGCUAUUGAAGCUAUGCAUGCCUAUCCUGAUGGGUCUAUGUAUGUAUUCAACAAUGAGCAAAUGGACCUUGAAAGGCUUAAAGACCUUGUUUCUGUUGUUGGAAAAGAUAGGCUUGUUUUAAACCUUAGCUGCAUAAAGAGGGAAGGCAAAUAUGCAAUUGUUAUAGAUAGAUGGCAAAAGUUCAUUGAUGUGUAUCUUGAUGAGGAAAUAUUGGAUUUUCUUGCUAACUAUGUAGACGAAUUUCUAGUUUAUGGUGUUGAUGUUGAAGGGCAAAAGUACUAUGUAAAAAGUCAUGUUAGAAUCAACAUAUGA